GCCAGAAGUGAAAAUAUUAAGUAUGUUUAAUUCAUUCAAUGAGAUUGAAAGACUACAUUCAAUGUUGAAUGGUUCACUUUUAUCACAGCUUUUAUGGUUACAUAUAUCAAUUUGGUUGCUUCAUCCAAUUUGAAAGGCAAAAGUGAACCGUGUAAUUUCGCCUUUAUCUUUUGACUUAGACAGUAGGUGCAUUAAAGCGUAAAAAAAGAAGAAAUAUAAUUUGACAGUUUCAUUGUUGACACUGACAAGAUGACUUUGUUUGUUUUUAACAUUUAUAACACAAAUUAAAAUAAAUUGUGUAUUACUUGUUUUUAGUCUGUUAAUAAAAUAAACCAAUAAAAUAGUUAAAAGUGUAAAGUGAUUACUUUGCUUCUCACAAAAAGGCUACAGACAUUGUAUUGUUAAACCAAUUUAUGGUUAUUUCAGUUAUUUGGCUUUGUGGGUGUAAUUUUUUUGGAGCCAUAAAAUUAAGUAGGUAACCAAAUGGAAGUAAAACAAGAAUUUACAGAUGAGACCUGUAAAGUAGAAAUAGAGGGUAAUGACUUGGAUGAUGCUCUUUUGGGUGGCUUUAAAUGUGAAAUUAAGCAGGAAUCCAAUAAGCAACUUUCACAUGACUCCUAUGAUUAUUUAGACUUAAAGGAACAUUCAAUAAAGACUGAAAUAGAACAACAUGCAAAUAAACUUGACCCAUUAAAAGAAAACCAAAAAACUGAAAAAGGUUGUCUCCAAGAUGAACACAAAAUGGAAAUUCCGGCGACACCAAUUGAAGAUUCAUCUUACGAAGGGAAUUAUAUGACUCAACACGCUGAAGAGGAAACAUUAAAUAAAAAUUCGAAAGUUGCGACUGGACAAAGACCGUACAAGUGUGAAACUUGUUUAAGACAGUGUUUUAGUCCAAGUGGUUUGAAAAUACAUAUGAGAGUACAUACUGGGGAAAAACCUUACAAGUGCGAAGUUUGUUUUAAGGAGUUUAGCCGAGCAGCUAAUUUGAAAACACAUUUGAGAGUGCACACUGGGGAUAAACCUUACAAGUGUGAAAUUUGUUUUAAGCAGUUUUCUACAUUAGGUAAUUUGAAAGUACAUAUGAUAGUGCACACUAAGGAAAAACCUUACAAGUGUAAAAUUUGUUUUAAGCAGUUUUCUCAGGCAGUUUCUUUGAAAAUACAUAUGAGAGUACAUACUAGGGAAAACUCUUACAAGUGCAAAAUUUGUUUAAAACAGUGUACUACAGCAGAUAAUUUAAAACUGCAUUCUGUAAUGCAUAGUAAAGAAAAACCUCACAAGUGUGAAAUUUGUUUGAAGUCAUUUCGUGAAGCAAAUUAUUUGAAAGUACAUUUGAGAGUGCACACUGGGGAUAAACCUUACAAGUGUGAAAUUUGUUUUAAGCAGUUUUCUACAUUAGGUAAUUUGAAAGUACAUAUGAGAGUGCACACUGAGGAAAAACCUUACAAGUGUGAAAUUUGUUUUAAGCAGUUUUCUCAGGCAGUUUCUUUGAAAAUACAUAUGAGAGUACAUACUAGGGAAAACUCUUACAAGUACAAAAUUUGUUUAAAACAGUGUACUACAGCAGAUAAUUUAAAACUGCAUUCUGUAAUGCAUAGUAAAGAAAAACCUCACAAGUGUGAAAUUUGUUUUAAGAAGUUUUCUCGUGAAUAUCACUUGAAAAUGCAUUUUAGAGUACACAACGGGGAUAAACUUUACAAAUGUGAAACUUGUUUAAAACAGUGUACUAGUGAAAGUCAUUUGAAAGCACAUUUGAGAGUGCACACUGGGGAAAAACCUUACAAGUAUGAAAUAUGUUUUAAGCCGACUACUACAGCAGGUGAUUUGAAAAAACAUUUGAGAGUGGACACUGGGGAAAAACCUUACAAGUGUGAAACUUGUUUAAAACAGUUUCCUACUGCAAGUCAUUUGAAAAUACAUUUGAGAAUCCAUACUGGAGAAAAACCCUAUAAGUGUGAAUUUUGUUUUAAGCAAUUUAUUCGACCAAGUAGUUUAAAAGAACAUUUGAACGUGCACUUUGGGGGAAAAUGCACCAAGUGUGCAAUUUGUUUUAUGCAGUUUAGUAGUGCAAGUGAGUUGAAAACACAUUUGAUGGUACACAUUGAUAGUGCAAACAAAAACGUUGUGUGAUAAAUAGUGUUUUAAAACAACCGGUUUUUUUAUAUCGAUGUAAAAAAACGGGUUCAAAUCUGAAAAAUUCAUGUUUAUAGGUAUAUUACAUUAAAUUAAUAGCAAUGUUAUCAUUAAGUACAAAAUAAUCAUCAAUAUAAUCGUAAAAAGAGA